ACAAACAGCUUUACAUUGGGCUGCUGAGUAUGGACAGAUCGAUGUAACAAAAUGGUUAAUAGAUCAGGGAUGCAGUCCUUGGGUGAAAACAAAAAAGGGUCAGACUCCUUAUGAUAAGGUAACAAUAGAAAGCUAUGACUCUUAUAAAGAAAAAAGGAAGAAGAAAGAAGUGAUGGACUUCCUUAAGACUGUCAUGUUAAAGACUCCAGAAGAAUACACUAUGUUAAAUCGUUUAACGGGUAAAGAAACCUACGAAUCGUAUGACAUGCGCUGUAUGGUGACUGGCCAGUUCGCCGUGGGAAAAUCAAGUCUGGUGAAGCUAUUAGUGGGGGACGUCAUUCCCGAAGGAAGACAUCCUACAGAUGGUAUCUCUCUUCUUGAAGGUCGCUGUGGUCUUGAUGUCAAGACAAGAAAAUGGAUUCUUAUAAAUCCAGAAACUUAUAAUGCCAUGGAUGUUGUAUACAAUAAGGUAUUAAUGACCUCGAGAAAAGAAAAGGAACCUAAUCCAAAAGAAAAGUUGGACCAACAACAAGCAUCAGAUACAAGUCCUUCUGGAAGUAAAGAUGAAAUGGUAAAUCCAGGUGUUCUCCUACAGCAGUCACAAGCCAUAUCAUUGCCUCUUCCAUCAAAUACAUCAGAUAAUCUCUCCGACCAACCUCCAGCAGCCCUAACGUUAUCACCUCAGGUGUCCUCCAUUGUGCCUCUAUCACGACAGCAGCUGAAACAGAAAAUGAAAGCAAAGAUGACUAAAGAUGAAAUCAGAAGAAAAAUGGAAAAAGUCCUAAAGAGUGGAAAAUACAAGAUGAAAGUUGGACGACUAAUCUUCUGGGACUUUGGUGGACAGUAUGUCUAUUAUACAACACACCAGACCUUCAUGACCUAUAGAGCUUUGUUUCUUGUUGUAUUUGAUGGAAGCAAAGGAUUACAUGAACAGGUUCCUGAUGUGUUGUGUUUUCCUGGGCAGCAUAUGACUCCAACCCCAGCAGUAUUUUUACAACACUGGGUCAACUGUAUCCUUACCUAUUGUAAGGCAGUAUAUACAGGCAUUCCAAAGAUUUUGUUUGUUGCUACUCAUAAAGACAAAGUAACAAAAGAGGAUAUUGAAACACGGCGUACAGAGUUAUAUAGUGGAGUAGAAGAGUUAUUUAAAGACCACGAAGGACGAGAACAUCUGGUCAUCGACAACAAAAUAUUUGUCAAUGCAACAGACAAAACAGAUCCAGAGAUUGAUGUUCUAAAGAAAGCAAUCACAGAUCUUACCUUUCAACAUCCAUGUUGGGGAGAGGCAAUGCCCAAUGCCUCUGUUCCCCUUGAACUUGAGAUUGCUAAUUUGGUAGCAAAGGGGAAACAAGUAUUGUCAUUGUUGGAAGUUAAAGAAUUAAAUGCCAUCAGCAAAGUGUCUGUCUUGUCUAAUGAAGAGCUCAGUGAUUUUCUUUACUUCCAACACUCACUUGGCAAGAUAGUCUAUUUUGAUACCCCACAGUUGAGAGGUUAUGUGAUCAUAAGUCCACUACUUCUGGUUGAAGUUAUGAGAUCUUUUGUUACAGAUAUUGCCUUUUGGCCAAAGAAAGGUCUCAUAAGAAAUACUUUUGAAAGGAUGUCAGAAAGUGGAAUAGUACAAAGAAAAGAUCUUUAUCUUAUUUGGGAACAAAAGCACUUCAAUAAAAUAUCACCCUACAAAGAGUUCAUAUUUGAUAUGCUCAUCCACCUUGAUAUUCUAUCAGAGCAACGUAGAUAUGAUAUAAAUACGGGAAGUCGGUUACCAGUGGAAAACUUCUUUGUUCCCUGUAUGCUCACUCAAAGAAAUGACACAAGAUUCAUGACCCAUGAAUGCACACCAGAGAAAGCAAUCAGUCUAGCUUUUGUUUUCAAAGGGACUAUUAUACCACCAGCCUUACCAAAUCGUCUCAUUAGCGCAUGUCUCAGUAUGUGGACCGUGAAGACAUAUGAAGGAAAACAACUCCUGUUUUCAGGAUUCAUUGGUUUAUCAUUUGAUAAAGCACAUGAUAUUGUUGUAUGUGUUGAAGGUAACAAGAUAUUUCUCUACAUAGUCCAUGAAACCUCCAAUGGACUGAUAGUACCAGAUAUUGCCACUGGUAUCAAGGAAUGCAUGUUUACAACAUUGGAGAGAAUCUCAGAGUUCUAUAGGUCCACAGUCCAUGUCUCCUCCAGCAGCCAAAAACUACCCUUCCACAUUGAAUAUACAUGCUUCAGGUUAGAAUGCCAUAUAACUGAAGAGGCAGCAUUGACAACUGAUGAAUGGAUCUGUGAUAAACAUAAGAUUGUACAUACCAAAGACAAGUGGAAUAUUUGGAAUCAAGAUCAGGCAAAAGAAGAAUGUGAAUUAAACUGUCAAGGUUUACAAGAAGAUGCCUUAAAUCAGAUUCCAAGUGAUAUUGAACUUCAACGAUUUUCAUCACGAUGUGAGGAAACCUUAAUAAGAGAGUUGGCUAUACAUCUUGGUAUUACUUUACACGAAUGGGGAAAACUCAGAUCUGAUUAUGAAUUUGUCGACAUUGUUAAGUAUAGAGUACUAGUCGCCUGGAGAGAAAAGUAUUCAGGAAGAUUCAGUAACAUAGCAAAAGCUUUACAAGAUAUGGAUUUGACUACCCACACACUGUGCCAGGUAAAAAGAAUCAGAAAAGGUCAUUGUGUUAUCAAUGAAGAAUACAUGGAUUUAAUUCCAACAGAUGAAAUACUAGAUAAACUGGCACAAGUUAUAGGUGUAGUAUCCUUCCAACUGGGUAUAGAAUUAGGAUUACCUAUAACAUCAAUAGAUAUUAUACAGCAUAACAAUGGGCGGGAUUUAGUGGCACAAUGUAAAGAUAUAUUAUUUCAAUGGAGAGAAGACCAGGGAGUCCGGCCAACUAUACGUGUUCUGGUCCAAGCUUUGAUAAAUGUUGAUAGAGGUGCUAAAUGUUUGGAGGAAAUCAUUAAAACAGUUGGUGUGAAGAAAUACACCCCACACGAGGAAGUUAAAGAGGAGAAGGAAGGAAAAGUUCAAACUCUCAUGAAAAAACUGAAUCCUUUCCAGAAGAAGAAAUAGGACAGAUGUUUCAGUUAGUAUUUUUGUAUUGUAGCCAAGUUUUUACACCAUCUAGGCUGUUUGUUAAUCAUGGGGAACAGUUGUUAUAGUGCCUGGUGUGAUUUUCAUGUUAUUAAUAGCAAUUUAUUUAAAAACAAAAGCAAAAAACAAACUCCAAACAAAUACAACUUGGAAAUAUCUAAACCAAAUGUUGAUGGCUCUAUUACAUUGUAACAAGUGAUUCAAAGAGUAUACCCAUUCAAUCUUGUCUUAAUAUACAACCCCUUUAAUAUACCUGAAGUAGUUUAACUGUAGUGUUGUGUAUUUUAGUAUGAUGGAUACAAUUUACACUUUUACAAGAUUGAAGAAAAUGUUUUAUCUUUUCACAAUUUUGUGCAGUAACACAUACUUUUUUUUUUGUAACAAGGCAAAACAUUUCCUUCAAUCGAGCUAUUAAAGCUUUUGAGGAUGCAAAAUACUACGCGCGGAUCGUCUACAUAAGUCUCAUCCAUGAGGCACGAAUCAAACGGGAACCAAAUCUACAGUGAGCAAAGAACGAAGUUGAAGAGCUAUCCCAUGUAAUUAAAUGUUACACUAAUGCAUUAAUUCUAUUAUCUCUAAUUAUACACCAUAUGUAACUGUUGUAUAAUUCCAUUCAUUCUUGAAGAUAUUGAUUUGAUAUUUGGUGUAUUGUUUUCGUCUGAUGAUUUCGUGCAGAGUUAUGGUCCUUGGAUUCAGAAAAUUCACUCAAAUAAUAAGUUUUCCGCACUUUUUUUCGUCAUGCUUGAAGAUAUUGAUUUGAAAAUUGGUAUAUAGUUUUAUCAUGACAAGUUACAGAUCAAGUUCGAAUUGUUCUGGUCUGAUGAUUUUGUGCAGAGUUAUGGUCCAUGGACUUAAAACAUUCACUAAAUAUUCAGUUUUCAACACUUUUUUUCGUCAUGCUUGAAGAUAUUGACUUGAUAUUUGUUAUAUAGUUUACACCAUGACAAGUUAUAGAUCAAAUUUGAAUUUUGUUCCAAUGCAAUGAAUUUUUAACCGGUAGGGAACUAUGUAUUGCCAUGCAAUACUCACAGAAUGCUUGUUAUCUUCAGUUUUCUUUGUAUUCAACAUAUUGAGCUGGUUGAUCUAUUUUUGAUGUCUAAUUAUUGCUAUGGGACUUUUCAUUUCAAAAAUAGUAGUUAGUUUUCUCUGUGCAGAUGACUUUUGCAUGUUCUUUUUUUACUUACAUUUUGCCUAACUAUAUUCCUAAUUAAUUUCAAUUUCCUGUAAAUAUUUGGUUCAUAUUUGUUAGAUUUUUAUUAAUGCCAUUUUUUUAAAUCUCCUCAAUUUUGUAAUCUCUUACCUCAAUUUGGAAAUAAAACAGACAUUAUCUUUUUUGUUUCACGUUUUUCUAUAAGGAUUAUGUCCACUCACUGGAAAAUUUCCAUUUUGGGAUAAUGUGGAUUGCAUUUUUCAUGUCUAUUGUCAAGACAAGUUUGAUGAGAUACCACAGAUACAGUGAGGCCAGCUACAUAAAUUGAUUUACAUCUAGAAGGUUGACAUUAGGAACAGGUUAAGAAAUGAACUUAUCGACAAACGAAAUUAUAACUAUUUUACAUAAAUUUGUGAACUUUCCAAUUUUAUGUUGCACUUCCAGCAUCACUAAACGAUGGAGUACUGUAAAUUCAGAAUUUAUUGCGAGGUUUCUAUUAAUGCAAAAAAUACAUCUGGUUGGGUAUCGCAAUGAAAAGAACUCGUAUUCUGAUAUCCGAUACAUUUAUCUUAUGCAGAUUUCCCGAAAUGGCAAUAAUUAAUCUUGCACUUUUGUUCCCUCUUCAAAAAUUGCAAUAAUAAAUGCACGCAAUGCUAUCUGAAUUAACAGUAUUUAUAUUUCCUAGUUUGACAAUAUUCCAGUACUUUCGUUUAAUGACCCCUUUACUAGAGGGUCGUUCUGCCAAUGAACCAAUUAAAAAAAAUACCAAUAAGUUGAAGACAUUAAUCUUUUAUCAUUGUGAGUAGGCAUAAAGAUAAGAAGAUGUGGUAUAUUUGACAAUGAGACAACAAUCCACCAGAGACCAAAUGACAUAGAAGUUAACAACCAUUUUAGAAUAAGUGUGUUAAUGAUGUCAAAUGAAAAUUUCCAUUUAAUUGAGACAACAUUUUCGUUGUGAAUUUCACUUCAAUUUAUCUUUAACAACAUGUUAGGUAUUAUGAAAAGAGUAGUAACUUCUAAUUUUUUCAGAGAACAAGCCUCAAACCUUUUAAAGUGGAGUUUUGUUGUUGUUUCUGUAGUUUUCUGUGUUGUAUUUUCAGUGACUUUGUUGUUCUUUUAUGCUAUUGUUUUUUCUAUCCUUUGUCAUGAGAAACAAGGUAUUUUCAUACCGGGCAAUCCACCAUAUUAUGAAUCCUAUCUCCAAUUAUAUUAGACAAUGGGUCAUGUUCUAUAUGUUCUAUAGCUUUAUGUGUAGUAUUUUUAUACUAACUGCCUACUUGAUAUCUGUAUUUCCUUUAGCUCACCUGGCCCUAAGGGCCAAGUGAGCUUUUCUCAUCACUUGGCGUCCGUCGUCGUCGUCCGUCGUCGUUAGCUUUUUACAAAAAUCUUCUCCUCCGAAACCACUGGGCCAAAUUUAACCAAACUUGGCCACAAUCAUCAUUAGGGUAUCUAGUUUAAAAAAUGUGUCCGAUGACCCCGCCAACCAACCAAGAUGGCCGCCAUGGCUAAAAAUAAAACAUAGGGGUAAAAUGUAGAUUUUGGCUUAUAUCUCUGAAACCAAAGAAUUUAGAGUAAAUCUGACAGGGUAAAACUGAUUAUCAGGUCAAGAUCUAUCUGCCCUGAAAUUUUCAGACAAAUCUGACAAACUGUUGUUUGGUUGCUACCCCUGAAUUGGUAAUUUUAAUGAAAUUUUGCAGUUUUUAUACGACCGCAAAAAUUAAAAAUUUUUUGGUCGUAUAUUGGUAUGACGUUGGCGUCGUCGUCGUCGUCGUCGUCGUCGUCGUCGUCGUCCGAAGACACAUUGGUUUUCGCACUCUAACUUUAGUUUAAGUGAAUGGAUCUCCAUGAAAUUUUACCAUAAGGUUCAAUACCACGAAAGGAAGGUGGGGAUUGAUUUUGGGGGUUAUGGUACCAACAGUUAAGGAAUUAGGGGCCAAAAAUAAGCAUUUUUGUAACUUCCAGACAUAACUUGUGUGCAAGUGUAUGGAUCUCUCUGACAUUGUACCACAAGGUUCCAUAUCACUAAGGGAAUGCUGGGAUUGAUUUUGGGGGUAAUUGCCUCCAAAUUUUAGGAAUUAGGGGCCAAAAAGGGGCAAAAAACAAGCAUUUUUCUUGUUUCAUGACAAUAACUUGUAUGUAAGUGUAUGGAUCUCUCUGACAUUGUAUCACAAGGUUCCAUAUCACAAAGGGAAUGCUGGGAUUGAUUUUGGGGGUAAUUGCCUCAAAAUUUUAGGAAUUAGGGGCCAAAAAAAGGGCAAAAAACAAGCAUUUUUCUAGUUUCAUGACAAUAACUUGUGUGUAAGUGUAUGGAUCUUUAUGAAAUUGUACUACACAGUUCCAUAUCACAAAGGGAAAGCUGGAAUUGAGUUUGGGGGUAAUUGCCCGAAACGUUUAGGAAUUGGGGGCCAAAAAGGGGCCAAAAAUAAGCAUUUUUCUAGUUUCCAGACAAUAACUUGUGUUCAAGUGUAUGGAUCUCUCUGAAAUUGUACUGCAAGGUACCAUACCACAAAGGGAAGGCUGGGAUUGAAUUUGGGGGUGAUGAAUCAUAAGGGGGUUCAAAAAAUUUGGGGGGGGGAGAUUUUUUUUUUUUUUUUUUUUCUUUUUUUCCUUU